AUUAGUUGCUUGACAACAGCUCUGAAUAUCUCACCAUCUUCACUGCAAGUUAAAGAAAUGCUUCUGAUUGAGAUAUCUAAUGGUUUUGAUGAGGCUAAAAAGAAGGCUGGUGUUCUUUGUACAUUAUUUCAAUUUUCAGAACAAGUGACCAACCCAACGAUAUGCUUUGAGGCUCUUCAGGCUCUUAGGGCUGUUUCACACAAUUACCCAAGUAUUAUGUGUUCCUGUUGGAAACAAAUUUCCGCCAUGGUUUAUGGUCUUUUGAGGGCAGCUACUCCUGAAGUUCCUGCAGGGUCUUGGAAGGGGCAUACCGGAAAUUUUGUUGGAUUUCUUGGGGAAAAAGUCAUUACAGCUGCUAUUAAA